UUGACCGAUAGCGCCCAACAAAAACACAAUAAGAAAGUCAAUUCAAGCUUCACUCAAGGUUCCAAAAAUAAAUAGUCAAAAUUGUUCACCUCAUGAGUGAUCAUUGUCUAUUAAAACAUUAAAUUAAACAAAGCAUGAUGUAUCUUUUUACUGGCAGCCUCAUGAUCAACGCACAGAGAAUGUGUUGUGUCUACUGUAUAAGAAACAGUUCCUGGGUACUUUUCAGGAGUAUAAGUACUGGUGGUAAUGUGCAAGCUGGUAAAAGCUGGAGAAUCAGUCAAGGGGAAUCUCAAUCAGGUCGUGACUAUGGUCCACUUGUAGAUUUACCCGACUGGAAAUAUGCAGAUGGACGACCAGCUCCCCUAGGAUCAGGGCAACUCAAGAGACAACAGGAACAAAGACAAAUAGCAGAGCGUAUUGACCGACUUGCUAGUGAGAUGACUGCAGCAAUUCAGAUAACACAAAACGAAGAAAGGACAAGACAAAGGAAGCAAGAUGAAAGAAACCAACACAAACUCAAAGCAAAGGGACAGGAAUUCAGAAAAUACAAGUUAUCAUCAAAGGAGUAGGUUUAAGCUUAUAGUUACACAUGACAUUGUUUGUUAAUGGUGGACCGUUUGCAGCAACAACUGAUGAUGUAAAUGUUGAGGAGAAAUGCACUGUUCUAGUUGAGCUGUCACAACUUUUAACUGUCAUGUAUUCUUGUUGUGAAAGAGCCAUGUUUCAUCCUAUUGGUCAACUAACUUUUCUUUUCCAAAUACAAUCCUGGAAAAUGAUAUCCCACCACGCCCACAUGUGUCUAUAUUCUUUCUAAAAACGAACAAUGGAAAAGUAGAGAGUAACACAAAUUCUUCUCCUGACUUCAUUUGUGACAAUUUGGAAAGUCGUGAAAUAUGAAAGUAUUGAUGAUAUACAAUCAUUAAAUAUGGGUAAAACCCAAAAAGAAAUAAAAAUGUACCUAGUCAGUUUCCCUUGUUGUUAAUCACCUUGUUGUUAAUCAGGCAUUACAUGUACAUGUAUUUUAAAGCCCUGUUCGCAUUGGACUUAAUUUGGGUAAACUAACCGAGCCAAUGGGUAACUUACCCAUUUUAAGUCCAAUGCGAACAGCCCAGGAAGUUUACCUCCCAGAUAACUUACCCGACCCGAAUGGGUAGUUUAACCGACCCGCGGCUGACCGGUUAAAUUGACCAGGUCAGUUUAACCGAGCCAAAAAGUCCAAUGCGAACGCGAUCAGGGUAAAAGCCGUCUCGGUAAAAAGCCCCGACCUGCCCUCGAAGCCCCGACCUGCCCUCGUAGCCUUGCUGGUGAUCUCGGUCACCCCAGAUUGAAAUAAGAGACAGAGUCUCAUCAUGGCUCCAGUUUCGGUUCCUAGCUCCACUUUUCCCCGUCUUUCUGCUGCUUUUAGGCAUUUUCGGUCAGCAAUAAAAUAAAAUAGCGUCCCUUCCUCUUUAAUUUUGGCACGCAAGAGGUAGUAUUAUGUAAGCAUUGACAUGUCCCACGCACACAUGUAAUUAGCAGACGGAAGCUCCCAUUGGAUUUGCACUCUCCAUGUCAUACAUCCAGUCAAAGGUCACAGAGUAGCGCCCUCUUGUGUUUGUCUAGGUAAGUCGUCGGUUAGUUUUCCUGUCGUGUCAGUUAGUUUACCCACGUCCUUAAUCCAAGUGCGGACGCCGGUAAGUUUCCCCUUUAGGAAUGUUAACCACUGUCUCGGUAAAGCAUUAAUCCAAUGCGAACACGGCUUUAGUCGCCUUGUAAGAAACCACUUUAAAAAAAAA